AUAUUUAUUUAAAAUCAAUCUGACACAGAUUACGAGUGGUGUGGAAAUUCGAAUUUGCAGCACCGCGCAGUCCAUGGAGAAAUUUCCAGAAUCUUCAUCGAAAGGGACAAAACGCCGUCGAGAUGAAGAUUCCGACGCCGGAAAUACAUCCUCACUCGAGGACGAUCUUACGUUCACCGAUACGUCGGUUGCGCUUCGAAUCAUGCGAGCUCAGUUUCCCCACAUUCAAAAGGGUUCGGUGGAGCCUUUUAUAUUGAAGUCACAAUUGUAUAGCAGUGUGAAGGACAGAACGCAAGUGGAUAGGGAAUUAGAGUCUCUGAGGAGGGACAAAGUUUUGCGUCUUUUCAAAUUAAAUACUGGACAGGACGAUCAUGCCGUAAUGUUUUUGGAUGACUACCUUAACCAGAUAGAUCGUGUUGUGAAAAGAAUGGAAGGAAAGAAAGUAGAGGAAUAUGAAGUUUUUGGGUGGUUGAAGACUCAUGUUCCAGAUUCAAAACUAGAAACGAGUAUUGAACAUCAGGAGCUUGACACUAAAUGGUUUUCUGUGCUGAGGAUGGUUUUUUUGAUGCAGUGCUCACUCUUGUCACUCGGGGGAAAGGUGAAGGACAGUCACAUCUCUGUUCUAAUUAAUGCUGGCGUCCUUACUAGGCAACUUAUUGAUCCAAACAUGUAUUGGUUUUCAAUUCCAAACAUUGGCUCUCAUCUCAAGGGUAUUGUUCAGGGAAGAAAGGAAAUUAUUUCUCUUCUCAGCCGUCGUAGAUAUAAAGAGAUGAUGUUGUCCUCUUUGGAAAAGAAGCGUCUUCGAACGUCUCCACUUGAUGUGAGAUUUCAUCUUCGUGAUUUGAUUGGUUCAGGUCAUCUCAGAACUGACCAGGCUCCAACUGGUUUAAUCAUUAGAGUCUCAAAAGAUUAGAGAUGCAGGAAGUCCUACAUGCAUGCAUUUGUUUGCUUUCAGCAUCACGUCUAUUCUCAAAGACAAUUCUCCUUUAAGAAAAUCACGUUUGAGAAGUCUUAGAAUUUGUGAUUUAACAUCCAAACAAACUCCAAAUUAU